UACGCACCGCGAAAGCUAACAGACGUUGUAGCGAGCUCGACGAUCGCGGACGUCCGUUGUUUCCUUAGUGUUCUAUCUCCGGCUAAGGAACGAUCCGCUCUACCCAAUUUUCCGUUGGAAGCUGUGCACUGUGUGGCCAGAUCAGAAGCUGGAAGAGCGUUUGAUAACACAUCUAACCGCAUCCAAUCGAGCAAAACAAGUGGCAGUGCCCCGAAAGUGGCCGAAAUAGGAAGUGUCAACACAUAAUUCAAUUGAUUCCGACGUCGACGACAGCGUCCGGCCUACGUGCUACUUGUACACGCGUGUAAUUCCCUGCCACUGGUGACAAGUGUGUGUGUGCGUGUUUGUGUGUGUGCUAUUGUACCGCGUUAAAGUGAUUCGUACGCAAAACCCUUAAUCCUAAUCAAACACACAAUGCUGAAGUUCGUGACCGUGUGCUGCGUACUGGCCUGGGCCGGUUCAGCUGUUGGGCAGGAAAUUCCACCUUACAUCAAGCAAUGUCGCCGCUCGGACCCCGCCCUAACCGACUGUUUGAAGGAAGCUUUGCAGCAUCUGCGUCCCUAUCUAUCCAGCGGCAUUCCCGAGAUAAAGUUACCCUCAGUCGAACCGUUCGUGAUGGAUCAACUGUCACUGCAGCUCACCGGUGGACCUCAAGGAUACCGGAUCAACUUGAAAAAUAUGGAAGUGUUUGGUGCGAGCAAUUUUACCGUCCGGUCGAUUAAACUGGCUGACGGUAGCAAACCGUUCGAGACACGCCUGACCAUUCCCCGGUUGACGAUCCAUGCCAAAUACACUAGCAGCGGUGUAUUGAUCAUCAUCCCUGCGAGCGGAUCGGGUGAUUUCGAUGCCGUGUUUGACGGUGUCACGGCCGACGUAAAGGGACUGGUGUCAACGAACGAGAAACCUUCGGGAACGCAUCUCCGCGUCGACAAGCUUGAUCUGAACCUUUCGAUCAAGAAACCACGCCUUAGUGUUUCGAAGAUCUUCAACAAUAAUCGCAUUCUGACCGAAGCGACGAACCUCUUCCUGAAGGAGAACGGACAUGAGGUACUGCGUGCGUUGCAACCGCAGCUGCAGAAGAAACUCUCUGCUGAAUUUACUGGCAUCGCAAACCAGCUGCUGGAUAACGUACCACUUCGCUUCUUCAUCGUAGAUUAAUGUGCGAACGCGAGGAACGCGUGUUUUGUUUCGGGACGGGCAAUAUGUGAUACUGUUUGUUAUAGACUUAAGCUCCCAUUCCAGGCCAAUCUGACAUCUUUUAUAAGCUUGUAGGCAUUUUUUCCGUUUCGUCACAUACAGACGAAAUACAGCUGUUACUGGAACACGGUUUCGUAAGAUUGAGACAAAAAGAAAAUACAAUAAAACUCUCGUAUGGAAACAAUUAGUUUCCAUGCUUUAUCUACGAUGGUUAAGAAACCGCUCCCUUGCAGUACAAAAAAAAAAACAAACAAACAAAUUUGUAUACCGUUUUUUCAUCUUCAGAUUUUGUUAAAUUUAAAAUUUACCAACAUACUAAAUAUGGUUGAAAAUUUCGAAAACGGUUGAACCCUGCUUCGUGACGUAAAUAAAUGGAAAUAAAUUUAAAAUAAA